AUGUCAGAGUCAUCAGACGACUUAUACCCAUUGGCCCUCUUGAUGGAUGAACUAAAACAUGACGAUGUGGCCAAUCGUGUUGUUGCUAUGCAGAAAUUGGAUACAAUUUCAUUAGCGUUAGGUCCUGAAAGAACCAGAGAUGAAUUGAUUCCCUUCUUGAGAGAAGUUGCCCAUGAAGAUGAAGAUGAAGUAUAUGCUGCAUUAGCUGAACAAUUGGGUCAUUUCGUUCCUUUAGUUGGUGGUGCUGAAUAUGCUCCAAUCUUGUUGCCAGUAUUGGAAGAAUUGGCCUCCACUGAUGAACCUAUAGUUACUGAAAAAGCUGUUAAAUCUUUAAACACUAUAGCAUCUCAAUUGACUGAAGAUCAGUUGAAAAAUGAAAUUUACCCUUUAAUUGAAUCAUUAACUGAUGCUUCAUGGUUUUCUAAAAAAGUUGCAGCUACUGGAUUAUUUGAAAGUAUUAUUACAAGAGUUGAUGAUGAAUCAAGAAAUAAAUUGUUGACAAUUUAUGCAAAAUUAACCCAGGAUGAAUCUCCUUUAGUUAGAAGACCUGCUGCGUCUCAUUUACCAAAAAUUAUUGAUUUAUUAAGUGAACAUGAAAAUUUAUCAAAUGAAUCUGAUUGGGAAUUAAUUAGUUCAAUGUUUCAAUCAUUAACUAAUGAUCAUCAAGAUUCUGUUAAAUUAUUAUCAGUUGAUGCUCUAAUAUCAAUUGCUUCAUUUUUCCAUAAAAGAGGUGAUAAUUCUCAUAAUCAAGAAUUAUUGAAAAGUUCUUUAAAAUUGAUUCAAGAUAAUAGUUGGAGAGUUCGUUAUAUGGCUGCUGAUAGAUUUGAAAAAAUUGCAAUCAAUUUCGAAGAUAAUCAAUCAGAUAUUGAUGAAUUAAUAGAUCCUUUCUUAAAAUUAUUAAGUGAUAAUGAAGGCGAAGUUAGAAAAGCAAUUGCCAAACAAUUACCAGGUUUUGGGAAAUUGAUUCCAAAAAAUGUAUUAUUAAAUAAAAUCAUUCCUCAAGUUGAAGAAUUAAGUAAUGAUCCUUCAGAAAUUGUUAGAUCUUCAUUAGCUAGUGAAAUUACAGGAUUAACCCCAUUAUUAGAUAAAGAUGUUGUUAUUAAAGAUUUAUUACCAAUUUUCCUAACAAUGUUAAAAGAUGAUUAUCCAGAAGUUAAAUUAAAUAUCAUUUCAAAAUUGAAAAUCGUUAAUGAUGUUAUUGGUAUAGAUUUAUUGGCUCAAUCUUUAUUACCUGCAAUUUCAGAAUUGGCUAAAGAUAAACAAUGGAGAGUUAGAUUGGCAAUCAUUGAAUAUAUCCCAUUAUUAGCUGAACAAUUGGGCGUUUCCUUUUUCGAUGAAGAAUUGGGUGAUUUAGUUUUAUCUUGGUUAUGGGAUAGUGUUUAUUCAAUUAGAGAAGCUGCUGUUAAUAAUUUAGAACAAUUGGCCAAAAUCUUCGGUUCAAAAUGGGCUGAUGAUGAAAUCAUUUCAAGAAUUUUGAAAAGUGAUUCAAAUUCAUUAAAUAAUUUUGUUUAUCGUAUUACUUCAUUAUUUACAUUAACAAGAUUGAUCCCUGUUGUUGAUUCAGAAAUUACAGUUAAUGAAAUCUUGCCUUUUAUUGAUGGAUUAGUGCAAGAUCAUGUUCCAAAUAUUAGAUUUAAUGUGGCUAAAAGUUAUUUAGUCACUGCUAAAGCUCUGUUGAAUAUAAAUGAUGAGGAUAAUGAAGAAUUAAAAGAUGCUUCAUCUACUCAAAAGGGAAUUCCUUCACAGGAGGCUAUUUCAUAUAUUAAAGAGAAAAUUUUGCCAAAUGUUGAAACAUUAAAGAAUGAUGAUGAUACAGAUGUCAAAUAUUUUGCAACCCAAUCUUAUAAUGGCAUUAAUUCUAUAUUAGAGGCUCAAAGUUGA